UGGCAACACUGCAUGUCAUUGAGAAGAACCGGGAGGAAAUUUAACCGCAAAUCGUGAAAUUCUGUAAAUAUUGGAAAUCGAACACUAUGAUACCAAGAAACUUGAGAAACAGUUUUCAAAUACCGACAAAAGAUGUGAUUCAAUGGUUUCCCGGUCACAUGGGCAAAGGCUUGAAACAAAUGCAACAGAAACUGAAAUUAAUCGACUGUAUCAUUGAAGUACACGACGCUAGAAUACCAUUAUCGGGACGAAAUCCGGACUUCAAGUACACCGUCAGCGGGCUGAAGCCUCACAUAUUGGUGCUAAAUAAGAAGGACCUGACUGACAGCCGAUAUCACAGAAAAAUAGCCGAACAGAUACAACGUGACGAGGGAAUCCAAGAUGUUGUGUUUACAAACAGUAAAGAUCCACUAUGCAAGGGAAUCAAAAGUCUUGUGCCACGAGCAAGGGAACUGAUUUCCAAUUCCAAUCGCUUUCAUCGCACCGAAACGGCCGAUCACACGUUGAUGGUGAUCGGUGUACCGAAUGUUGGCAAAUCCUCGCUGAUAAACGUUUUAAGAAAUCGUCAUCUUCGGGCGGAAAGUGCAACGCGUGUAGGUGCCGUGGCUGGUAUAACUCGCAGUGUGUUGAAUAAAAUAAAGAUGUCCGAAGAUCCACUGAUGUACCUAUUGGACACGCCCGGUAUUCUUACACCCAAUGUGAAAGACGUCGAAACUGGAAUGAAAUUGGCGUUGUGCAGUUGCCUGCAAGAUCACUUGGUGGGACCGCAACUGAUAGCUGAUUAUAUGCUGUACUGGUUGAACAGAAAUCAAGAGUUCGAAUACGUGGAUCGUGUGGGCCUGUCUAAUCCGACCGACAAUAUAGUGGAAGUGCUGGUUUCUUGUGCAAAGAUGUUCAACAAAUACAGAAAAGUCAAGAUGUUCGAAGCAGAGACACUACUCAAACCGGACCUGGAUUCGGCUGCACAUCUUUUUUUGAAAAUGUUUCGGCUUGGCGAUCUGGGCCACUUCAACUUAGACAAUCAUCUGUUUCCAUUUAGAGUGUAAAAGAUGGAUUGGAACGAACGACUUUAGACGAAUAAAACUAGAUUUGAGCAGCGAGAACGCUUCUUUCAACCGCAACAAAGUUGACGAGAAAACAUCCGUCGAAACACUGACCUGCUCCAGUAAGGUGGGACGGAUUUAUACCACAAAAAGUAGCAAAAGAUAUUAAACUAAUGCUUGUUUACGUUCACACG